AUGGAGCCAGCUGAAUUUGAGAAAAGAGCAUUAAAUGAACGUAGACGAACAUUUAAACAAUUGGAAAAAAUAGAAAUUGCAGAGACUUCUGCAUUAAGACAAAGUUUAAGAAAAAUUGGGAAGAAGGAAGAUAAAAAUUAUUUAUUUGGUGAUUUAACAAAAUCUAAAAAGGAGCCUUUGCCUAAUUUUUCUGUUGAAGCUCAACAAGCAUAUAAGGCAAUUUUUAAAUUUUUUUUAGAAUUAAAAAGUUAUCGGAUAUAUUUAUAUGGUAUACUUGUAAAUACGUUACUAGUUGAAUGUGGUCGUCACCUUAAGUGUCACUCUCACCCUGACAGAAUAAUUUUAGAGGAAAAAGAAGUUGAUGAACAAAAAGAUGAUAAUUUCCCCUUAACAAUUUUAAAUCCACUUAAAACAAUUGAUAGAGAAUUAAUUAAAGAAGAAUCACAACAACAACAACCUCUUGAAUAUAUUAAUUCUAAUCUUUUACAAAAUGUUGAAAAUAAAAAAAAAUUUGUUGAAAAUAACAAUUCUUUAAAUGAGGAUGAAAGUGUGGCAAUCUCUCGUCAUAUUCUUUCCAAGCUUGUAUUGCCUCCUAAACCUGUCCCUCCACCCGUGCCUCCAAAACCAAAAUUAAAAUAG